CGGUUUUUGCUGCUAUAAGCAGCUGAUGCUGCUGAGGCUGCGAUGAGCCCGGAGCCCGUGUGUGAAGGAGCGGUAACGGUACAUGGAUAAGUCCCUCAUCGGCGCCGUGCCUGCGGAUUCACGCUCAUCCACAUCCUCGGACUAAGUGAGUAGGACAUUUGCUCGUGUCACGACGCGCACAGGCCUCCGCCGACACUGUCACACCACAUGAUGCUGCCUCGUCCUCCCAUAUCGUCGUUUUCCACGCAUGAUGUUUCACAGGCUGAGCUUCCUUCACCAUCACAUCUGCAGGUGCAAUCGUGUUGAGGUUUGGAUAGAGGUGCCAGUGACACAGCAUCGAGCCAUGGAAUAAAGGGAGUUGGACAAAGAUUUACAGCAAGGGACAGAGUAGAAGAAGAAGAUGAAGUGAAGAUGGAGUGUAUCUGGGCCACAUUUCUCCUGGACGCUACAGUUUAUUCCGUCAGCUGCUGGUCAAACCUGGAGCCUCCACACUAAAAUCCGAGCAGCUCAUUUCACCUGCUGGAGGAGAUUCCACCCUUGGUGAUGUGAUGAAUAAGUUUGAAGUCCUUGGCAUUGUGGGAGAAGGAGCAUAUGGAGUGGUGCUUAAGUGCAGACACAAGGAAACCAACGAGCUGGUGGCCAUCAAGAAGUUCAAAGACAGCGAGGAAAAUGAGGAGGUCAAGGAGACGACGCUCCGGGAGCUGAAGAUGCUCCGGACCCUGAAGCAGGACAACAUCGUGGAGCUGAAGGAGGCUUUUCGCAGGAGAGGGAAACUCUACCUUGUCUUUGAAUAUGUUGAGAGGAACAUGCUGGAGCUUCUGGAGGAGCUGCCCAAUGGCGCGCCGCCCGACAAAGUCCGCAGCUACAUCUACCAGCUCAUCAAAGCCAUCAACUGGUGUCACAAGAAUGAGAUCGUUCACAGAGAUAUCAAACCUGAGAAUCUCCUCAUCAGCUCUGAGGACAUUCUCAAACUCUGCGACUUUGGUUUUGCUCGUAACCUGUCCGAAGGAACCGAUGCCAACUACACCGAGUAUGUGGCCACAAGGUGGUACCGCUCACCUGAGCUGCUGCUGGGUGCUCCCUAUGGAAAAGCUGUGGACAUGUGGUCUGUGGGAUGUAUCCUCGGGGAGCUGAGUGAUGGGCAGCCCUUGUUUCCGGGUGAAAGUGAGAUUGAUCAGCUCUUCACCAUCCAGAAGGUUCUGGGUCCACUCCCCGCAGAGCAGAUGAAACUCUUCUACAACAACCCGAGGUUUCAUGGAAUCAGGUUUCCCUCAGUUACUCAUCCUCAGACUCUGGAGAGAAGGUACCAAGGCAUCUUGACUGGUUUGAUGUUGGAUCUGAUGAAGAAUCUACUUCUGCUCAAUCCUACGGAGCGAUUUUUGACGGAGCAGAGUUUGAACCACGCGGUCUUCCAGCCUCUGAGGCAGGUGGAGCGAGAGAGGACGACUCCUGCAUCCCCCAACCCGCCGCGCUCCUCCAAGAGGAAAACACACCACCAUGGAGAGAACACAGUUCCUACAAGGAGUCACAGUAAGAGCACAAGCCGUCGCACCAACAGUAAAGAGUGCUCGAGUCUGCCUCGACACGGGGACCUCCAUCACCUCGGCAACGACAGCUUCCUCAACGGCAACAAACCGACGCCGUCCAGUUUGAGUCCCACGCUCCAUCCCAAGGCCCAGUACAUGUCCCAGACCCUCAAUCGCUCUGCCUCGUCCAGCAAAGACCUGGCCAACAACAACCUGCCACACCUCCUCAGUCCCAAAGAACCCAAGGGCAAAACUGAGUUUGAUUUCAGCAUGGGGCCGUCACCGAAGACGUCAGACCACGGGAUAAAGUACGGCCACAGCAAACCCAGCUCCUCCCGCUCUCAGCAGCAGCAGCAGCAGCAGCAGCAGCAGCAGGGCCGUCACACCUUCUUAGAAAACAAGACCAAUACACUACAGUCUGGAGCGGAGAAACAGCACGGACGACAUUCCCACAGUAUGGCCGACUCUGCCCACGGGUCCAUGUCCUCCUCCUCGAAGAGUUCGGCCUCUUAUCUCAGCCUGUCCAAGAGCCACAGCGCGCUGAGCGACGCCAAGUCUGUGGGGAACCUGAGCGACGGCCGUCUCCACCCAGACGACCCCAACUCCAACACGCCGGCGGGGAUGGGACCCAGCGCCCGCUUCUUCCCUGCCAGCUGCUUAGACCUCAACACCCCCGCGGGGCCCCCCGUGCCGCCCGGCAGCCCCUCCACCAGGCACAGCGACCGAUCCGGGCACAGUCCCGCCUCCCGUAGCAGCGGCAACGUCCGGAUGGAGAGCAGCACACUGGACUCGUCGUCCAGACACAAGUCCAGACAUAAACCCUUAACACCAGAAGAUGCCGGUCCUCCAGAGCUCCUGGACCCCGGAGGAGCGGGAAUGCCGUCCACUCACACGCUACCUUCUCCUCACGAGUCGUAUCACUACGGCCUGGGCUACACCUCGCCCUUCUCCUCUCAGCAGCGGCCUCAGCGCCACUCCAUGUACGUGAGGAGAGAGCGCCACCGGGCCCACGGCGUGGUGGAGGGCGGGAUGGCGGGUCUGCCCGCGCCGGGUCAGGUGAUCCCGACGCGGGCCAGCAGCCUGCAGCUUCUCUCGCCGCAGCUGCAGCACCGCACCACGCUCACCGGACACUCCGUGAGCUCCUCGAGAGAGGACUGCACGGACGACAUGACCAGGAGUGAGCAGUCCCCUAAAGACAUGAGCCACCCUUGCGCCUCCAUCAAAGACUCUACGAGGGACAACACUGCUGCUUUUCACACACAGCGCUCUAAAAACGAGGUCGGCAUGUAUCACGACCCUCACGUCGACGAUGGAGGAGCGUCCAAGGAGAACAGGAUGAUCUUCACCGAGUCCAUGCCACGGAGAGUAGGCAGCUUCUACCGAGUUCCUUCACCGAGACCAGACAACUCGUCCUCUUUCCAUGACGGGGUCGGGCAGGGUCGGGGGCCGGUCGUACCCGUCGCACCGGUUGACCCCGUUACCAUGGGCAACCACUCCAAACGCCAGACGGCGUUUGACUGGACCACAGCGGAAGCGAUGGUCAUGAAUCCGCCGGAGCCGACCAAAGAGAAGGAGAAACAAGGCUUCUUCAGGGCCAUCAAGAAGAAAAAGAAGAAGACACAGAUAACGGACAUAGAGGACGGGAGGAACCCCAGCAUCAAGAAAAGUCUUUUCCCCCUCUUUAGCUCUAAGAAUAGCUUAAAGCACAACUCAGCAGUCAAAGUCCUCCCCGUAGUCGCCUCGCCUAUGGUGCAGCACCAGCCCAGUGCGGCCUACCCUGCCUCACCAGUAACCGAACCUCGACACUUACAGCUGCAUGCCAACUCACACUGCACUCUCCACCAGAAUGGCCUGCUUUGAAAUCCUCUCAAGCUCCGUCAUGAUUUGAGUGACUGAUUGACGAUCGGCGGCCCGAGACAAUUCUCAAAGCUGAAAGGAUUUCAAAUAGUGAAUCUGAUACCGCACGCAGUCUGUGCAUCCAUUGUUUUUUUGUUUUUUUUUGUCUUGCUGCAAUGUACGUCAAACGCAUUCUUGUCGUCGCAGCGUGUGUUGUUUGUCGGGCCGACACCUCUGCACGUCGAGAACCAUCUUUUAAUAAAUCCUAUUAUCAUCAUAUGAGAUAGAGGGAUGCCAUUUUUUAACGAUAAUAAUAGUCAGUUGAUCAUUAUUAUUAAAAAAUGGUGGAUGAAUCUUUCUCCGUGUAAGUUUACGCAUUUUUCUUCUAAGAAAUGUGAUAAAUGCACCGUAGUCACCGAAACUUCCUAAGUUUAUGAUGACCUGUUUCAUAUACAUUAUUUGUCAUUUAAAAUAUAUAAGUGCACCAAAGAGCAGACACAAAAUGCAGCGAGACAGAACAUAAGUAUGUGACGCUACUUUGUGCAUCUUUUGUUAUCAUUAAACAUUAUUAAAUUAAUAUAUAUAUAUUAUUUAAAGGAAAAUUAUAAAAGAAAUAUCAAACUGAUUUCUAAAUAUCGGCAUCAGACUCUUAAAAAUUCAUAUUUCAGCCUUUAAAAAGAGGAUCAACAACAAACAAACCCAUAACAAAACUGGUCUCUCGACAGUUAAUAUGGAAACAGUUAUUCACUGUUUCCAUAUAUGGUCAGUUAUUGAAAAAAAAAAAGUGAAUAAAUACACUAUAUAAAGUAUUUUCCUAUUCCGGCAUCUCAGAAGUGACUUAUUGCUGCUUCUCUUCAUUUUAAAUGUCAUCUAUUUUAAUUUGUCAACUCUUGAUUGGACAAAAGAAGCACGUCAGAGACGACAGCUUCGCUUCAGAUAAGGAAAAAAGAGUACGAGACAAUGAAAAGAACGAGUCGUUGCAGCUUUGCUGUGUUUUCACUUAGACUCUGUAUGAAGUCAUCACUGAUGUCACCAUUGCUAUGUUCUUGUCUGAUGCUGCCAGAGGCCUGCAUGAAGAACCUCAUGAGGAUUUGAUUCAAAUGUGUUUUAACUCAUCGGGUUUCCUGUGUUGUUGUUGUCGUUGUCGUUUACCAAAAAUAUUUUAGGUCACUGGCAUCGGAC